AAUGGGAUUUCGGGACGAGGCUGCUGGCCAUUUUUACAAAGCACUUAAACUCCGACCAGACUUCCCAGAGGCAAAGGAGAACUUUUAUCGUGUCGCUAACUGGUUGGUAGAACGAUGGCAUUUCUUAAUGCUCAAUGACCAUGGCCGUAACCACAAGUACCAGCUGGCUAUUCAGAAAGCUAUAGAAGGAGGAUGCAACACUGUUUUGGACAUUGGAACUGGCACUGGCAUCCUCGGAAUGUGUGCGAAGAUGGCAGGCGCUGCUGAGGUUUAUGUCUGUGAGCUGUCAAAGACAAUGUACGAGCUGGCAUGCGAGGUGCUCUCAGCCAAUGGGAUGGCAGAAAGCAUUCAGAUCGUUCACAUGAAAUCUGUGGACAUGGAAAUUCCAAAAGACAUACCAAACAGGGUGUCACUCGUAGUAACAGAAACUGUAGACGCAGGGCUGUUUGGUGAGGGCAUCAUUGAGAGUCUGAUACAUGCAUGGAAACACCUACUGUUACCUCCACCAAACACCCAGGAAUGGCUGUCCAAUCCAUCGCAAACAGGCCGGGUAAUACCUGCUGGUGCAACUGUUUUUGGAGUGGCUGUGCAGUGCCAUGAGAUCCGUAGACACCACAGACUGUGUGCAUCUACAGUGGGAGGGUUAGACCUAUCUCCAGUGGGACAGAUCUACAGUCCUGUGAGCUGUUCAGCAGAUGCUGAGGAUAGCACAGAGCCCUAUACUACUGAAAGACUGAGCUGCCUGCAUGGAGGAUACAUUCAACUCACCCAGCCUUUUACAGCACUGGACAUAGACUUCAAUAAUGUGCAGGAGCUGGAGGGACUUUGCUCCAGAGAGAUGACGCUGUUGCGACUACAUGUGAAUCAGGAGGGAAUUCUUGAUGCUCUGGCUGUGUGGUUUCAGCUGCACUUGGACCAGGACAACCACCUUUCCACUGGCCCACAGGAAGACACAUGUUGGGAGCAGGCUAUCUAUCCUGUACAGAGUCCAUUCAACACUGUAAAAUGUGGUGAUGAACUGCUGGUGGAAGUUUCGUCUAAGGACACUUAUCUGAGGCUGUGCUGUGUUGCUUUUGUAAGAGACGGACACAAAUUUCAUCUAGACAAUGUAAAUAAAGGACCUCCCAAAAUCCUCACCACAAACUCAGAGGCAGACCUGUGCAGUGCCUUGGCUGGCCUUCAAACUAACCAGGAGAAACCAUCUUACAAUUUCUUGCUGGAGUGUUCAGAGAUCGCCCUCCUCAAUAACACAACAUAUCAUAAUAGCUCCCAAAAGGCCAUGAGUAAACUUCUAGCUUCUCUAAAGUCAACUAGGAGCUCACAGGAAACUGAUCCGGCCUAUGUGCUGGAUGUGUCGGAGGGCUUCUCUGUGCUCUCCAUGAUGGCAGCCCAGCUAGGUUUAGAUUCAGGUGAAGACCAACAACUCAGCACUGGGUUGGUUAAAGCCUACAGCUUGGUGGAGAAGGAACAUCACCGGACUAUGCUGAGACUGCUGGCCAAAGGAAAUGGUGUGCCUGAAAGCACUCUAGAGUUUUGGCUGAGACAAAUGGAGGACGAUUCUGCUGUUCUCCAGCGGCCAGCCAGUCGGAAGCUCUGGAGUGCCAUCAUGAUGGACUGCAUAGAAACCUGUGGGCUUAUUAGACAGAAACUAUUGGAGAAAGCAACGUUAGCAAAGUGUUUGUUGGAGGACGGUGGACAGAUUUUCCCAGAGCGUAUUGUGAUCCAUGGUAUGCUCGUAGAGUCCGAUACACUUCUUCGGGAAAGUGCUGUUCAGGGAACAGAGCCAACUCUUGGGUUCAACAUUGCUCCAUUCAUCAAUCAAUUCACAGUACCUGUUCAUAUGUUUUUGGACCUAUCCAAUCUAGAGUGUACGCAUUUUAGUGAACCAGUUGAACUUUUUACACUGGACCUCAUGAACAGCACUGCCAAUUACACCAACAAAGAUGUCAAACUUCAGGUCAGCACCUCUGGCAAUGUGACCGCCAUCCCUUUCUGGUACCAGAUCCAUCUGGACUCUGAGCUGAGUGUCAGCACCUUCAGUGAGGACUCUCACUGGAAGCAGGCAGCGGUGGUCCUCCAGCAGCCCCUGGCGGUGAGCUGA